ACUGCGAAGGGAGACGCAAAGGGAUACGGAGGAGUCUCCAGUCCUCCUUCAGGUCUUGAUCGUCCUUAAAGGGGCUGGCAGCGGACAUGCCCAGACCAGUACACCAUCACUAAGACCGGGAUUCAGCUCUUCAUCUGGUUUAAGCUUGCCGGAAUGAACGGAACCGCAGACAUCUGCAACCACUGCCGGAACAUUAUCAGAGAAAAGGAAAAAGAAAUGAAGAUGUCAAGACACAUAUCAACAGGACCAAGCUCGUUUAUUCCAGAAAAUGAGAUCAUAGGAGCCAUGCCUCUGAGUGACUCCACAGUGAUGUUCUUAGACGAAGAGUUCAGCGGUCGUAUGGACAACCUGACGCAGCUGAUGGGGCUCCACCCGCAUUAUCUGCAAGCGUUCCUCCGCUGCCACUAUUAUCUCUUGAGGAUGGACGGCCCACUACCACACCACUACAGGCAUUAUAUCGCUAUAAUGGCUGCAGCACGGCAUCAGUGUUCUGCACUGGUCUGUCAGCAUGUGCAAGAGUUCGAGCAGAUAGGUGUCUGUUCUGAUUGGCUGAGAGGUCUGGAGUUCUGCCCACAACGUCUUCGCAACCUCAAUGAGAUUAACAAGAUCCUCGCGCACAGACCUUGGCUCAUUACCAAGCAACACAUACAGGCUCUGGUGAAGACGGGAGAACACAGCUGGUCUCUGGCAGAGCUGGUUCAUGCUGUCGUACUGUUGGCUCAUUUCCAUGCCUUGGCUAGUUUUGUGUUUGGUAGUGGUGUCAACCCGGACCUUGAGGUCACAGAGGUCAACGGGGUCACGGAUGACCUUUGCCCUCCAGCUAUGGCGGGUUUAUGCACCUGCCACCUAACAAACAGCAACCAAGCCAACGGGAACCCCGUGUGUAACCCUGACACUGGGAGUGAGCUAGAAGCUCUGAUGGAGAGAAUGAAGCGAUUGUUGGAGGAGAGAGAAGACGAUGAUGCGUCAGAGGAGGAGAUGUUCACUCGUUUUGAGAAAGAAAAGAAAGAGAGUCUUCUAGUGGUGUCUGCAGGGUUUGAUGAGGAAGUGGUGCCUCCUUCUCCCGUGGCUCGGUUUGUAGACGACCCGUCGUUUGGAUACCAAGACUUUGCGCGACACGGAGAAGACAACCCACCCACUUUUAAAGCACAAGACUACUCAUGGGAGGAUCAUGGUUUCUCUCUGGUGAACAGGUUGUACUCUGACAUUGGUCACCUUCUGGAUGAUAAAUUCAGGACGGCAUGUGAUCUUACCUAUUACAACAUGGCCAGUCACGAGGGGGUGGACACCAGCAUGCUACGCAGGGCUCUCUUCAACUACGUUCACUGUAUGUACGGAAUACGAUACGACGACUAUGACUACGGUGAGGUGAAUCAGCUGUUGGAGUGCAGUCUGAAGGUUUACAUUAAAACAGUGACGUGUUAUCCGGAGAGAACCACUCGCCGCAUGUACGAGAGCUACUGGCACCAGUUCAGACACUCUGAGAAGGUUCAUGUGAAUUUGCUUCUAAUGGAGGCUCGAAUGCAGGCCGAGCUGCUCUAUGCUUUGAGAGCCAUCACUCAUUAUAUGACCUGACCAACCAGACUUCACCAAUUAUAUGACCUGACCAAUUAGACCUUAUCUUUCAGGUGACCUGAGUAAUCAAACCCACAAUACAGUAUAUGGACAUCAUUACACCUAAAUUAAACCAAAAGUUGUUUUUUCCAUCAUGGUACAUGUCAUUAGUAGUUACUUUUGCAUAUAGAAUUCUUACAAUUGUGUCCAAAAUUGUGUAUACAUUUUCUUAGACUCUUCAGAAUGGUAACUAAAUUAAGGACACUGAAAGCAUUCUGGGUAUAAUCUUAAACAUCAAAAUGGGAUCUAAUGGCAUGUUCAGAUAAAUACUCAUCAAGAAUUGUGGGUGGGCAGUCAUGACUUUUACUGGAUUAAAAUAUAAUCCUUAAUGGUCAGACAAAUGCCAACAUUAAAACAUUAAAUCCUUGGACUGGACCUGAUUAAUCAGACGACAUCAUUUAUGACAUCACGACUUGAAAAAUCACGUUAACGUGCAAUAUUUUCUCACUGAAAUCUCACUUAUACUGUAAGCUGAAAUACUGGAGGACUGAGUUCACAUUUUGAAACAGGAAGUUGUCUUUUUUUCUUCUUUUUUGCACAUCUAAGAAGAACUGUGUUUUGGAACAGAAUACUGUUUUCCUUUUGUAUUAUCAGAAUGUGAGACUCCUGUAUAGAGAGGAAAAAGUCUUUCUUUCUUUCUUUUUUAAUCCCUGUGCCUUUUUUUCUUUCAUGUACCUUGUUUAUUUCCUAUUGAAUGUAUUGUUUAGAUUUUUUGCAAUUUGUUUCUAUGCUUUUCAGAUCAACGGUUUAGUUGUUUACCUGGAAACUAAAGGUUUUGUAGCAUUAUUACUGUACUAUCAGUCCUUUACUAUUUCCUUUGAUGCUCAGUGUUAUACUUAUAACAUAAUAUAUAUGUUCCUGCCACCUGCAAUAGCCCUACUAAUCGCAUCUUGUAACUUAAUUUCUGUGUGCGUGUGUGUGAGCUUUAACAUGUAGCUGAACAUCUGUCUGUGUAGGACAAAGUAUUUGCACAUCUGUUGCGCAUUUUUUGUUUUUAAUUGGUGCGCCUCUGUGAAAGAAACCCAUGAACAGGAGCAUGAGAGAGUUCAUAAGUGUGAGUGAUAUAUGCAUGAUUGCCUGUAGGGAGCGUCUGCAAACUACUUUUGAUACUAUUGAUGUGAUCAUUACUGUCCAUCAAACCAUUUCUCAAAGGUUUAUUUAUAUCGCUUGAAGAAUCAUUGCUUCAUAUUUGCACAACUCUAAUCAAGGUGCAGCAUUAGUGUCCUUUAAAAAUAGAUUGUGUCUACAAUUAAAUGUAUAGUGAAAAGAUAAGCUUUAUAGAAUGAGACAAAGUGUUGCCUGGUCCAGUCUCAUGGACAGUGCCUUAUUCACGUUUAGAAGCACAGGCUAUGAUUUCAUUUAGUCGAAUGUACACCAGAGAUUGUUCCAUAUGUAUCAAUGGAGUAGGUAAAUCUGUCUUCAAAGUGCCUUUCAAACUUAGUUGCAAGUGUUUCAAAGAAUAAUAUGCAUAUGUUGCAUUUCCUACUUGUGUUUAUUCCAGUCAAGGUGGUGCUAUGAAGCUUUCAUUUUCUCCACUCAUUAUAAAUGUAUACAUUUCCAAAAUGCCCAUCACAGACCUGUAUGCUUCAAUAAAGUUUCUAAACAAACUCA